AGUCAACGACCGACGAUCUUGCCGACCUGUGUACUCCUUUGAAACCAGGUCUCCUCUCCACCAUCAUGGCUUCGCCAGGGCCUCCGGGCGCACAACCCUUCACCCCGCAACAGAUACAACAGAUGAUAGCGAUGGAAGCGCAGAAGCGUGGCAUGACGAUCCCUCAAUUUCAGGCCUUUCAACGACAACAAAUCGAAGCAGAAGCCGCAAAAGCCGGUAUGAGCCCACAGCAGUUUGUUCAAAUGAAACAAGAGGAGGCUAGACAAGCGUUCAUGCGUCAACAACAACAACAGCAGCAGCAGCAGCAGGGACAGGGACAGCCUCAGGGGCAACAGCCUCCGGGCCAGAGACCGCCGCAAGGACAGGUACAACAGAUCCCAGUCAACUUGAACUCGGGCGUCGAGCCUACUCCUGCUGCGCUGGCAGUUGCGAAAUUUCUACGAUCUCAGGACUUGAAGACCAGAACCUGUAUCUUCAAUGGGGAGAGAAAGGACAUGUUCAAAGUCAAACGAGCUUUUCGCGCCUUGAACUCCGACGCCUACAAGAAAACCCAGAAGAAGAACUCUCUCCUGCCCAAGGUCGAAAAUGACGCCGAAGCACGCGCUGCCCUACAACUCCUCCCGCUGAACAUGUUGGCUUUACGAGUCUCCAAGAAAGAUCCGCACGAAGGACACAAUCAUGCCAAAACCAAGAAGGAGAAGAGAGUCAAAGGAUUAUGGCACGUCAAGAUCGAGCAACAACAGGAGUUUGACCCGACAAUGCAUUACGUCUGGCUAUUCGAGGGACCACAGUGGAAGACCAAGAUGUGGGCAGCGCUGGCCUUGAUUGCAGUCUUCACUGUUGUCCUCUUCCCCCUAUGGCCUUUCUUCAUGAGACAGGGUGUGUGGUACGGCUCCUGGGGUUUGAUGGGUUUGCUCGGUUUGUUCUUCGCCAUGGCCAUCUUCCGACUGAUUCUGUUCGUCUUCACAUUCUUCCUCGUCCCGCCUGGCCUUUGGCUGUACCCGAAUCUCUUCGAAGAUGUGGGUUUCUUCGACAGCUUCCGUCCGUUCUGGGGUUGGCACGAAACCAAAGAGGACAUCAAGAGAAAGAAGCAAGAAAAGAAAGCCAGGAAAGCGGCAAAGGUUGCUGCAGCAUCGGAUGAGAAGGUUACAGAGGCAGAAGCUAAGCCAGCAGGCGGGGAGUCGACGUCUCCCCCUGAGUCUGCCACUAGUACUUCAGUUGAUUCCGCUGGCAAAUCAACGCCGGCGAAGCGACAUGCUGCUCCGACAGUCGAGGAAGCAGUUGACGAAUGAUUCUGCGACCAAUAUCUGGCAGGAGGGGGCAAUGGCAUAUGCAUGAAGCGGCGUUACAGGUCUUAUGAUAACCAUGGCUGAUAGGAUACUGUACGAUCAUCGUAAGACUUCAAGCGAGAUUGUGUCGACUCUUCAUGUCGGUUCCAGGAGUGCUGCCAAUUUCUGCCUGUCACUCAGUGCUAGAGGUGCUGGGUUGGUCCUCGCGAAAUCCGGCGACCUGGGUUUUUCGGACACCUUCCCAGUGACUCGAGCAAGCAGCACUCUCAUCCGUUCCAAUUCCUUGCUCAGCUCCCCGUCUUUGGUGAUCAGAUUGGGCUGUAUGUUGACCAGGGGGUUGUCCAGUGGCUCCAUCAACCUCUGCAAGGACUUGUACUUGGCCACUUUCUGCUUGAGUGCGUCCCGCGCAUGACUUAGACCUAGCAGUUCUUGACGCAAGCGCGUGUACAUCUCCGCCUCCUCUGCAUUCGUUUCGUGGUCAGGAUGGAGGGCCAGAUCGUCGUAGUCUUCUGGGAGAUUCCCA